AUGCCCUCAGCCCGAGAAUCCCCAGACAAGGCCCGGCUGCUCUACUAUCAGAAGGCCGCAAGAGACACUGAGGAAUCCCAGGAAGAGACGAGGGACAUCGAGGGCGAUGAAGUGCUCGCCUCAAGAUCUUCGGACCACGGCCCCUGGAAGAUUGUGGCAUUGAUCGCUCUUCUAGCGACGGCGGUGGGCAUGGCAGGCGUGGCAGGUCGACGGAUGCUGAACUACAAGGCACCGGACGCGAGGGAACCAGUGUGGCUGCAGCUUGCCGCGCACAGGGACGCCACGAAGCACGCCUCAGCCGCAGCAGCCGCAGCCAGUACCGCAAGCACCAAGUGCCACUCCGCAGUCGCUGGCGAAGCGUGCUAUGGUGCCGUUUUGUGGCACAAAUGGAUCGGAACUAUUGAGAAUCCCGGUGCCUACCCCAAGGGUGUGUGGAGGGGUUCCAAUCGCACGGUUAUCCAGCAGUUCCUGCACGAGACGAACCAAUCCGACUGUCCGAGGCCUUGCCAAAACGAGCCAUACCCAAUCCCACCACCCGCUCCGAAAGGAUCGCCAUCAAUUUAUUGCUUCUCCGUGGCCCGGCCUGGGCCAGAGAUGGAUACCAUGCACUUGCAGAGGCAGACCGGAAGCGGUAUCUUUGCCUGUGACGGGUUCGGGGUUUACAGCGAUGUGGAUGUGGACAUCCAGGGGAUCAGGACCAUCCCCAUCGGCUCAACGGCAUCCGGCGUCUCUGUGGACAAUACCGCCGCUAACUCCCAGGUCUUCAUGAGAACGUGGCUGACUUUGCUGAACAAUAACGACUGGUGGCACUACGACUUCAUCGCCAAGGUCGACCCGGAUGCAAUUCUUUUCCCGGAGCGGGUCCGGCCACACCUGUCCUGGCACGUUGGUGCGCCGGUCUUCUUCCUCAACUGUGCGAAAUGGAAGCCAGCGAUGUACGGGGCUCUGGAGGUGUUUUCCAAGCAAGCCCUCGGAAAAUAUCACGCACAGCAUUGGAGCUGUGAGCAUAGCUUGCCGUUCUGGUCCUGGGGGGAAGACAAGUAUAUGGCGGGAUGCCUGGAGAUGUUGGGAGUGCAGGCCCUGCAAGACUACGGCAACUUCUUGCACGACGAACGCUGUUGGGGCGUAGAUUGCGGCAACAAGGCCGCUGUGGCGUUCCACUCGUUCAAAGCCGUGAACAAUUGGUACCGCUGCUACCUGUCCUCGAAAUGA